CAGCUUUUGUAAUCACAGCUUAAGGUCUCCUGCAACUGGCCGAGCGUGUAUGGCUUUUUUACUCUGAUCUCCAUCUGCAGCCACUUAAAGGCACAAGACCAGGAGCUCCAAGAGUGCAAGCGUAUUUGGUUAGACAGAGCUCUGCCUGCUUUCCUCCCCCCGAACGCCGCUGUGGAUGCGCCCCGUCCGCGCCGAGCGCAUCCAGCCCUGACAUCAGCGCGUUAUCUCGGCAGGGCGGGGGCGGCCGCGCUGCUGCUCUCGGCACGGCUCUGCCCUGCUGCACGCCGCUGCCAGCCUGAGAAACCGGCUUCAUCUCCACCUCCUCAGUGAGUAUCAGACAUGGAUGCUUUCCAAACAAUCCUCAAGUUCUUUAUGAACCGGAAAACCGCCAUAGGUUACAGCUUUAUGGCGCUGCUGACAAUGGGAGGUGAACGUGUGUUUUCUCUUGUUGCUUUCAGAUGCCCUUGCAGCAGUGAAAACUUCAGGUACGGUUUGGUGUUCCUUUUCUCGCCAGCUCUUGUUUUGCUAGUUAUUGGAUACUUCUUGAACAGCAAGACCUGGAAACUCUUUACAGGCUGCUGGGUGAAUCCUAGGAAACUAUUCCCCAGAGGGAAUGUCUGCCAUUUCUUUUACGUCUUUGGACAAAUCACUUUAAAUGCUCUGGUAGCCCCGGUGAUGUGGCUUUCCGUGGCUUUGCUCAACGGGACUUUUUACGAAUGUGCCAUGAGUGGCUUGGAAAAUCCUGCCUACUUACACGCAGCUUGUCACAGAAAAUCGGAGAAGUGCUUUGAAGAGCUACACAAGGUACCCUGUGACAAAAGCUCCCUGCCCUUUUCAGAGAGUGACGAACUGAAAAGAACACUUCAAGCACAGUCUCAGAUUUUAGGCUGGUGUGUGAUAGUUACCGCAGCUCUCCUCUCCCUGCUAACCACUUGCUGUGCCAGCUGCCAGUCAAAAGUCAGCCACCUCCAGCAGAUGUUCUGGAGAGUGUAUGAGGGGACAGAGAAGGAGCAACUGGAGCAGAUUUUCCAGCUCUAUGCCACCAAGCUGAGCGAGCGAAACCUGAAGUGCUUUUUUGAAAACAAGGAACCAGAACCCAUUUCCCUGCCUGCUUUCCAGGCAUGGGAAGAUGCCUCCCAGCUCUACUCUUUCAGCAGCAGCAAACAGCAUUAUAGCACGAUUCACAGGCUAGUUGAAGAAGGCCAGAAAGGAAUCAGUGAGGAAAGAGAGACAAUGUUGGACCUUGCGGACAGAAGGGAAAUACCAUAGACCAAGUAUAUUUUCAGCUUUUUUAUAUCCUGUUAAUAUGGCAUACUUCUAGCUGGUUUUGUAUCUAUAUUUUUUCACAAUGGCAUCUUUCUUCAUCGUGCUUCCUCCCAGUUAAAUACUUGCUCCAAAAAUGAUGUAAUGAAAUUAUUUCCCUACACGAGUGAAAAGUACUGCAGUACUCCAUGGCACCCAGGAUUCAUGUCACUGGCUCAGCAGCAAGAGCUGACAGCACAAAGAAAUUAAUAAUGGCUUCUACGAGAGGGUUUUAACAAUAUGCUAUGUAAAAUGUGCUAUAGUGUGCUUGUCCUAUGUAAAUGAAGAGACUAUCAACAAGUAAAGUCAUUUAAAGUGUGUGAACAUAAUAGCAAGUUAUGUGUGGCUGACAGCACGCAGAAAGUAAAGGUUUUCUGUCCAGGUCAUUUGCAGGCUAAUUGCAGGUACAGCCUUGUUUUGAGGCACCUCAAGGCUUCUCUGCCUUUGGAUAUUUUACAUCUGUAGAACAUCUCCCUGUUAUCAGCUCCCAGUCUAGACCUUCCCUUUGUAUGGAUAUAAAGUCCUAGUUUUGAGCGAGUUUCAGGCACUGGGUGCAGCCUGUAGUGCUAUGUAAUAUUGUUGUUUCUGGGCCUGCAGCCAGUGUACAACAGAGAGUCUGGAAGGAAAUUCCAAUUUUUAAGACAAGAAAAUAUAUUUGCAGAAGACCGACUUUCAUUCUUUUUGAAUAUCCUAGGAAAACUUAGUGUCUGGAGCAAGAAGAGCCAGCAGGUGAAGCAACUGGACAGUCAGCGCCUCUGACAAAUGCAUUUCACCCCAGAGCCUUGUGCUUUAUCUCACCCACUUGGAAUUCAUCACAUGGCUCUCAGAGUGUUCAGAGUAUUUGCAAGUGCUGUAUAAAAGAAUAACAAAAUUACGUACUUUCCCUGGGGGGGGUUGGGCAGGCUUUUGUGCAGCAUUUUAUUGCCAGUCUCUCUGAGCCUGCAAAGAAUCAGUUUUGCUGUGCUCAAAUCAUGGUCUUCUCAACAAACCAGGACAUUCUGCCUAGCUGUUCUCAUACUCAUUGGGCUUCUCCAGCAGGUAAAAGCAGCUAUAUACAGACCAUUACUCUUUAUAAAAUAAAACACAAGAGCUAAUUCAACUCCCUGCUUAGAAUUUUCUCCUUAUGUUUUCAAGAACUUGUGACAUUGUGACAAGACACUGUUUUAAAGUUCUUUCGUCCUAGAUGACCCAUUUAGCAGCACUUACAACAAGUUAGAUGCAUAGAUGAGCCUGCUGCAGCUGAUGCACAGAUGCAACAUUGCCAAAACCAAAGUGCCAACAGCAGAUGUCUGACACUGUGCCUGCUAUUUUCUCCCCAGGAUCCUCUCCUGGUAUAGCAUCUACCUGCUUCCAGGCUAUAUGACCCUUCCUACUUGUCUGGUUUUAUCUUUCCUUGUGAGAACUGUCCCAACAUCUUCUGUCCAGCCCCAUUUCACCUCCUCCCUGCAAGCAAGGGGAGACAACACACCCCCUAACAGGACAGCCCCACUGCCAGGGCCAAACUUCCCUUUCCAAAACUGUCUCCACCUCCUUCCUCAGAAAAUCAAAGCAAGUAAGGAUGCAAUGGGGAGGACAGGAAGUAGGUUAAUGAGUUGAUCAAAGAAAUACGGGAAACAACUGGGUUGAUGUAAAGAUAAGGCCCCCAGUGUGAUAUAAUAGCUGGGACACAGAGUCAAAAGCAUAGCUGGUACAGGGAAGGGUAGGAGGACAGAGCCCACUCAGAGCUUUUGUUGUCCCCUAUUCCCUCAAAAGAAAGCUAAGGACUCUGCACCUGAGUACCCGGGGCCAUUUUAAAUGGCAGCACUUACCAGCCCUAUCUUCUACUUUAUUGUGGAGGGGCAAACCCAAGGUGAAUUUCCUUCUCCUCCUCCUUGCCUGCUUCAGGUUUGCAGGUAACUCAUGUUGACAGUGUCUCCACCCCCUAGAGCAGCUGCUGGAUACUUUGUGCUGUGAAGUGUGUCUGGUAGGAGCCCAUCUCUCACUGCUCCUCACUCCCAGACCUGUGUAACACAGAUCUUACCAAAGUGCCUGUGACUUAAUGCAAUUUCCAUGGGGAUCCUAGAAUACUUCUACAAAAACAGGCUGAAAUAACAGCCAGUUUGACCCUAUGUUUCCAACUGAAAUGUGGGUUUGGCAAAUUUAACUUAGUCCUUCAAGGGGCUAUUGCAAAAGCUACUUUCUGUCAACAUUGUCCCUGAAUUCAGCAGCUACCAGGGCAGCUCAGAAAGGGACAUAUUAUUGUCAAUGCUGUCCAAAAACAAACUGGAGAGAUAGAAGAACACCCAACAAAUAAAAACAAACAGCAAGAUCAACACUUUCUGCUGGAAAAUUCAGAUUUUGCAUUAAUUGUGAUAGCCAUCAAAACAUGAGUAUACAAGAAAACAGGAACUUCUGUUUAAUUCUCUGGGCUCUCUCCCUCAGUUUAGUCACUAAAAUUCUCUUAGCUCUUCUUCCACUACACAUCUUCUGCUCCAUGAAACUUGAAGUCUUUGUUAUAAGAAUAAAGACUUUUAAAUCAUGCUAAGCCCUCAGUUUAGUUUCAGCUGUAUUUUGUAUGAUGAAUCCAUCCAACUUCUAUUGUUAAAAAUUCCUGUGUAAAAGAGAACUUGCAUGAAAACUAUGCAAAAGUAGCUGGUUUGCAAUGGAUCACCAAAUUAAGGCCACAUUGCAAAGCUAUAAAGUGAAAAUUGUCAAAAUGUCUUGGCAUGAACAAUAAUUUAAGUGCAGAGAUAAGCAAUUCAAUGAAUAUAAAUGAUUUUUUCUUAAAACCAGGCUAAAACUGGUCAGCAACUACUUCAAAACUACCACUUGCAGCCUCUCAGAGGAUAAAACAAGGUCUUUUCAGUCUUUGUGACUCAAAAGACUAGAAAGUAAAAUGAAUUAGGUGGUUUAAAAUUUACAUUCCAUAAAUCUGUCUUGUUUUUAAUCUAUGAAGUGGAAGAAAAAAGAAUCUCUGUUUAGACACGUAGGCUUACCACCAAAAUGAUUCCCAUAUAAAGCCAAUCUCACUUUUGAAAAUGUUAUUUGCAAAUCUAUGACAUUAUAUGUUGCUUAAUGAGAAAAUGAGAUCUAUGCAGUCUGAAUUAAAAAUGUAUCACUGCCCUUUUUCAAAGUCUCAACCGGCAUUCCGUCUCUCUCAAGCAGCAAGAAUAAAAAUCAUUAACAUUUUGAUGGUGCUUAAACACAGUCUAAAAUUACUGAAACAUUUAGGAAGCCACUAACGUAUCAGUUCCUCUACAUACUACUGGGGACUUUUCACUACCAAACUUUUCAUGCAUAAGUCAUGACAUCAAGUAAGUAAGUAUAGAUUGUUAAAAAAAUUAAAACAAAAUUUCAGACAGCAUAAUAGAAAGACUAAAGAAGGACUAGAAUUAGUCUGGUUAAAAAGGGAAAGGCAGCCAAAACAACAUUUUUGCUAGCAUACUUUUGAUUCUUAGUAUUUUUCCAUUCAGUAUUUGGAAACAGGAAGCUAUCUUAAAGGUCUUGCCAUCUGUUGCUGAAUCUAAACUUCUCUUCUGAACUUUUCGUUGCUCUCCACAGUGCAGCACUUCAAUGUUCUGUUUACUGUCUACCACAGUAAACUCUAUUACUUAGCACAGCAACCUACUUAUGCAUUUCCCUCUCCCGGCUGAGGUCUGAAAACCAACAUUUACCAGCUUCAUAAAUUCUGCCAGUUUCUGUCAGACCUUCAACUGGCCAUAUGUCAAUAUACAGGGACCUUGUGUGGCAGCACUGUCCAUGACAAUGGGAAGGACUUCUUGGGUCCCACAGCUCUGGACAGGGUGGUGAGGUACUGAGUGUCCACAAUAAAGCCCAUCUCUGCAGCCACUGCUUUUCAGGAACAGAUCUAUCCUUAGGCACAGCACUGUUUAAUCCAGCAGUGGAGCCUGUGAGCCAGCACCAGCUUGCUGUGGACCAGAGGGUUUGGUUGGGCUGCUUCCACCUCUGGCACACACAAGCACCUCCUGGUGCUAGAGAAGGCAGUAUAAACAUUAGAACUAAAACCAGAAGCUGGUUUUUGCAACUCAUUUGAUCAGAUCAAUUACAUCAAGGUCCUUUGAGGAGAAAUUGAAUUUAAAAUUUGAUUUUGGGGGAUUAUAGAGAAAAAAUAUCAACCCCAUUUCAAAAGUAAUCCUCAGUUAUACUCAGAUCUACAUUCUGAAUCCCAUCUUGGAUAUUACUUCUUCAGCUGGGCUUUGUUCCUUGUAUCAUUCCUCAGUUGGUUUCCAUUUUACCCCAAUUUGCCAGAAAGCCUACAUGUCCUGUUUCACCACUUUUUUAAUUCGAUCCCAACUGUAACCAUGCCAAGUCACAGGACCAACAUGAGAAGUCAGUGAACAUCAUGGGAACUCAGUGCAGAAGGGCUCACUUUGGCUCCUCAUCAAAAUAUGUUGGCCCUUCUCCAGGCCAGUAUAAGGCAGUAGUAAAGCCCAGACUUUGCAAUCCGAACCAGUAGUGGAAGUUUGAAACUCCCAGUCACUACUUUUGGUGCACCUUUCCUCCAGAAUUGAAUGUUUCUGAUUCUGGGAAGCUGGCUUUGUAGUCCUCAUUUUAUGUUCUCUUUCUUUUGCUUCAUCUCUUUCCAUUUCCACAGGGAACACCCACAGCCUGAUCUUACAGACUUCUUUGUUCCCAAAGAACUGCAGGAUAACAGCUAUGUUAACAAGAGUUUUGGCUUGAAUUGCUUAACUGUCUUAAUUACUUUAACUUUGAACUGGUUUUACUCAUUCUCAAACAGAUUUAUACCUCUGAAGACUUAAUGCAGUUAAGUAUUUAAGCACUUUCUCCUGGCUGGGAACACUCCUGCUGAAGAGUUAAGGAGAUCAUGUAAACACCUUCAUGAUUCUGAACUAAAAACUAAAAAAUAAUUACUCAAUAGAGUAUUUGCAGUAGCUUACUGGGUCACUUUAGACAUGUUUUGUUGGUAUGUGACUCAGACAAAUGUGCUUGAAGAUUAUUUUAAAAUUGUUUUGCCAAAGAAAUGUGAAAAUGCUAUCCAUAUCACAUUUUGCCCCAGAAAAGUUAUACUCCUACUACAGAACUACUACAGAACUCCUUUUAGUUUGCUAAAAACAGUCUUUCAAAGGGACAGUGUGUGCUUUAAUGUUUGUUCCAAUCUUUCCAAGUAAUUUUUAACUUCUCUUAAUAAGUCUCUUUGGAACUACAAGCUGCAGAGAAAUAGCAUCUUUCUUCCUUGUUAAUUUCUUAUUGUACUUUGCUGUUGAACACCCUGUACUUAAGACUGAUGGUUCGACUUUAAUAAUGUAUUUAUAAAGGAAGGAACUAUGAGGAAUAAGACCCAGAAAACCAGGUAUCUGACAUAUAUGUGAAAAUUAAAUACUGAUAUACCACCUGAAGAAGAAUGUAAAUGUGAACAAAAAUGUGACUUUGAAGCCUGGUAUCAUUUUUAAAAAUGAGGCAGUGUAUUUUAAAACAGUGGUUGAAAUGCUGCUUGUCUCAUCAGUUUCAUUCAGCUGUCUUCACCAUUUCCAUUGGAUCCUUUACCCCAGUUCAGCUGUUAUAUAUCAUUCUUAUUUAAAUUUCUCUUUGAAAUUCACAGGAAUUCUAACUUGCCCGUGGGGGCAAAAGUACAUCUUUAGAAACCUGUAUCUUUCUUGUCUGACAGAUGUGUGAACAGCUACUCCACAAAAGGGAAAUUUCCAUCAAAGCAGGUGAAAGUACAUGCUCUGAUUUUAUCUUUUUAAUUUUAUUAUUAGAUUUGUGGGUAGUCAGGAAAAUGUUCCUCUCAUUUUCCCUUCUUACAGUUCUUCUUUGCUACCACUGAGAUUUUUGUUUUUGUAGAAAAUCCUGCAGCUUAUUCUUAAUAUCACCAUUUUAAAGAAAAAAGGUAUCUAGGAUAAUUAUGGUGAUGAUAAGAAGAGUCAAAUGGCAGAAGUAAAAAUAUCGAAAUUUAACACCAAUAUGAGAUGGUUAAGACUUAUGCUCCUAGGAAGAGAAAAAAGGAAGGGAAUAUAUGAUUCUAAGCUAAGACCAGUGAAUUUGAUAAUGCUUAAAAAAAUGCAAAUUUUAUUUACCUGUGCAAUCAUGUCUGCAGUUUCAGAAUAACUGCGGCACUUUUUCACAGCUGAACGAGCCAAAAAGUCAUCAAUCAGCCUUAUGCCAAUGCUGUAUCCCCUAAGGAGGAAACAAGGAAAGGCAACAUUUUAAAUGGGCAACUUCUUUCUACUUGCUAUCUCCCUAAUGCGUCUCUUGCACUUCCUCAGCAAAAGAGCUGCAUGAUCCUAAUUGAAUGACUUUAAUGACAACACAUUUUGCUGGUCUACAUUCUUCUUUCUGCCACAUUUUGCAGCACAGUGGGACUGCUGUUCAUGUAGUCAUUUAAGGAAUCAUACUUCUUUAAGCAUGGUACUCCUGGCAAGGAUGAUAUGGAUUGUCUGCACUGUCUGAACGUUGUCUAUACAUAUAGACACCAAAUCCUGGGCACCCUCACUGCAGCAUUCAGGUGCCCAGGAGGACCUGAAGAUCACACCUGAUCUCUUUCACUUUUUCCUCUUACCUCUUCACCUCAUUUUUCACUCUUCCUUUGCAAUUACCUGUUUAUCAUUUUUUCUAACAUGAUAUCUCCCUUCAUCUAACAAGAAAAAAAUCCAGAAGUUGUUAGUUAACAACUGCUACUGAUAGAUAAGGCUUUAUAAAGGGUAACAUGGCCCUGGCCUGUUACUUAGGCUAAAUGGACUGGAACUAUGGGAGGGUGGCUCAGCUGGAACAGGGGUAGAGAAACAUGAGAGAUGUGAGAGCCGUGCUGUGGGACUGCCACAUGUCCACAUCAUGCUGUGUGGUGCUUAGUUGACUUGGGCUUGGUGUUCCUUAAAAUGAUGUAAACUGGUAACCAGGUAACUGCUUAAAAAGGCUGGGUUUUUGGCAAUAAAGAGCACUGCUUUUCA